AUGGGGGGCCAUGUAGUAUUUUCACAUUACAAGUAUUUUGACGCCACCCUUGACGGUGUUAUUAAGGAGUGGAAUUGGAAACAAAGAGGUGCGUAUACAUUCAUGAAGGGUUCCGAUGACAAACGCAGAUUUAUUCCGUACCCAGUGCAGAAUUACAUCGAGGUGAUGGACAAAGUUGACCAACAGAAAAUUCUGGCAGGCCUCGAAGAAGUCGCUAAACAUCCAGUGAAAGAAAAACCCGCAAAUUUUGACCAGUGGCUUCUACGCAACUUUGGUAUCGGUCUCUGUGAGGUGUUCAUGAGAAAAUACAACAGGAAAGUUUGGACCGUGAAUACCACGGAAAUGAACUCUGACUGGGUGAAUGAGCGAGUUGCUGUUCCAGAUAUUGCUAAAAUCAAGCGAAAGAUCGCAGAGCACGUCGAUGGAACUACCGCAAGAGACUUGGGGUGGGGACCAAAUAAAAUGUUUCGAUUUCCAAGGUACAAUGGAACAGGGGGCAUAUGGCAGGCAGUUGCUAAUAGCCUUCCCCGUGAGUGGUUUAGGUACAAUCACACAGUGACUGACAUAGAUAUUAACUCAAUGACUGUCACUGUUAAGUUGGGAACCGAAAGCAAUAACUCCAUUUACAAAAUGAAGUACGCUUCACUGAUAUCAACUGCACCACUCGACUUGUUGGUUAUUGAUAUGAUAAAAGGAACAGAUGGAUAUUUACAGGAGAUGAGAAAACUAGCAUCUCAGUUGGUUUAUUCGCGCACACAUGUGGUAGGAAUUGGACUAACAGGUCAACCUUCUUCGAUGCUAGCAAACAUGAGCUGGAUAUAUUUCCCUGAUUCUGACUCGCCAUUCUACAGAGUAACAGUGUUUUCAAGAUACGCAGAGGGUCACGUUCCAAAGCCUGGUCAACAGUGGUCCCUCAUGUGCGAGAUAGCCGAGCCAAAACAUAACUCCAGCCCUGAAAAGUGGACAAAACAACAUUUAAUUCAAAGUACCAUUCAAGCGCUAAUCGCCUACGGAUUUGUUAACUCAUCAAAAAUGAUCGUUUCAAAGUAUUACCGGUGGCUUGGUCAUGGAUACCCAGUUCCUUCCAUCGACAGAGAAUUGAUUCUUGAAAAAAUGCAACUUUGGUUGCAAUCCAACAACAUUUACUCCCGCGGUCGUUUCGGCGGCUGGCGGUACGAGGUUUCAAAUCAGGACCACUCGUUCAUGCAGGGAGUGGAAGUCAUAGACAAGCUGUUGAAAGGAAUCCCGGAAGUAACCUACUUUUAUCCAAAGCUGGUUAAUUCUAGAAGAAAUACCGAUCGAGUUUUGAGAAAGAGUGUGAUGGACUAUGAAAUUGUAAUCGCGCACUACAACGAAAAACUCACUUGGCUUGCACCGAUAGCCAAUCACAGCUAUGUAUACCAUAAGGGAAACAAGUCGCGCCCUCCACCUUUACAACUGAACGCUUGGGAAAAAUUACCAAAUGUUGGAAGAGAGAGUCACACUUACCUCUACCACAUUAUAAAACACUAUGAAAAGUUGCCUCACAUCACCGUUUUCAUACAGGGCGAAGGGCCGUCUGAGUAUUGCUUUGAAACUUUGAAUGAAAUUCUUAAUAAAGCGAGAAAUAAUAUUCCUUGUAAGCUGCGUGGAAUGGAUGACAACUGGGGGUUAAUAAGGCACCGGGGCAAAUGGCUUGUGGAGAAAAUCAGCGGACAAAUGCGCCCUUCUAAUUUCACAUUUGGAGAAUUUUUUCAAGAGCUGUUUUACUCUCCACACCCAGAGAACUAUGCCUAUUGCCUCAAAGCAUGUAUCGCUGCAACUCGAGAAAUGAUUCAAAAGCAUGCAAUUGAUUUCUACAGGAAAGCCAUCUCCUUCGUAGACGAUCAUGUAAAUCCAGAGGAAGGGCACUAUUUUGAAAGACUUUGGCAUACUAUAUUCUCCACGUAUUGA